CAGUUCGAGUCCACGUGGGUCCGCUGCAGGAGGGCAGGGGGCUGCAAACCGGCAGCGGUGAGGGGCGCCCUUUUCCAGGCGCGGGGGUCUCGGGCUACUCCGCUUCCUCCGGCAGGUGUGGACUCGCGCGCGGUGAGAUGGACACCCCCCCGCUCUCAGGUUCGGACUCCGAUUCUGAUGACUCUCUUGUCACAGACAGAGAGUUGCAGGAGGCGUUUUCCCGAGGGCUUCUGAAGCCAGGCCUCAACGUGGUGCUAGAGGGGCCGAAGAAGGCCGUGAACGACGUGAAUGGCCUGAAGCAGUGUUUGGCUGAAUUCAAGCGGGAUCUGGAAUGGGUUGAAAGGCUUGAUGUGACCCUGGGUCCGGUACCAGAAAUCAGUGGACCUCAGUCAACAUCUCAGAACCAGGAUCCGAAAGCUGUUGAUCCAGAAGAUGACUUUAAGCGUGAGAUGAGCUUCUACCGUCAAGCCCAGGCAGCAGUGCUUGCAGUAUUGCCCCGCCUCCAUCAGCUCAAAGUGCCUACCAAGCGGCCUACGGAUUAUUUUGCAGAGAUGGCCAAGUCUGAUCAGCAGAUGCAGAAGAUUCGACAGAAACUGCAGGCUAAACAGGCCGCCAUGGAGAAGUCGGAAAAGGCUAAGCAGCUGCGAGCACUUAGAAAAUAUGGAAAGAAGGUGCAAACAGAGGUUCUUCAGAAGCGGCAGAAGGAGAAGUCACACAUGAUGAGUGCCAUUAAGAAAUAUCAGAAAGGUUUCUCUGAUAAACUGGACUUCCUUGAGGGAGAUCAGAAGCCUGCUGCACAGAGCACAAAAGAAGGAGCCAAAGGCCAGCAAGUGAGGAAGGGGCCCAAUGCCAAGCGACGCUAUAAAAACCAGAAGUUUGGUUAUGGUGGGAAGAAGAAAGGCUCCAAGUGGAACACUCGUGAGAGCUAUGAUGAUGUAUCCAGCUUCCGGGCCAAGACAGCUCAUGGCAGGGGCCUCAAGAGGCCUGGAAAGAAAGGAUCGAAUAAAAGACCUGGAAAAUGGACGAGAGAGAAAAUGAAGAGCAGAAGACACUAAACAAGCCGCAUCUUUGUGUACAAACACCAGGAAAAAGAGAUGGAGACUUGGGAUUUCACAAGGCAAUUGGAUCCCUUCUGUUAGCUUCUUUUUGUAAAAAUUCUUUCAAUAAACUAAAGAAAAAUUUUCAGAGAAA